AUGUCUUUCCGUCACCACAUGAGCGACCAGCACUACAGACCCGACCAGGAGACUUUGCAACUCGUGCCGGACUUUGUCUUCCCUCCUCGACCCACCACAGAGCAAUCUACCAGCUCAACCUCUAGACGACCCGCCUCAAUGAACCUGGCUCCCAGUGGAUAUCACGGCCGUUCCCGUUCAAUGCGACAGUCGACCUCGGCGCUGCCUACCUUUAGCUUCAACUCAUCAGACACAUCUGGCCGUCUCGACAAUCAACCUUCAUCGCCGACAACCCUCACACCUCCUACCAGCCCACCAAAGAGCGCAGGACAUCGUCGAGGAGCGAGUGAGCUGGUCGGUGGAGACAGUCGAAUGGGAAUCGGUGGAAUGCUAGGACCUAGCCCUUCAAGACAUCUCGACACACUGCCUCUCCCAGACACGAGUGGAUCACCAGCCAAGAGACGUGGACACGCCCAUCGUAGAUCAGCCGCCAUUUCUGGACAUGACUUGGCCAGCAUUCUCCAGCCGAGGGACGUCAAUGUACGCCCUCAGACUUCUGUUCCACAAACGCCUACUGAGCAAAUUUUCCAACCACAAUAUCCUUCGCCUGCCAAACCCCUGUGCGAGGAACGUAAAUCGAGCGACAGCCUAAAGACAGUCUUUUCCCCAUCUGGGUGUAUCCCAGAUGAGCCAAUUGCACGACCCCCGUCAAGGCCCCGUGUCGGCUUCUCAGAAAAGAUCGAAUUUAUCCCUCGACCACUCUCCACCGUUUCCGCCGACACUGCCAGCUCUGUAUCAACUGUGCGUGGUCACUCUGGUGCAAACAGCAUGUCUUCGCUCAUCAGCCUUGGUGGUAUUGGAAAUCCUUCUCCUAGAAGGACAAUCAUUACGAUUCCUGACCUGGCUUCUGAAGUCUCGCCUCGUUCUAUGCCGCCAAUUGAGCCUGAAGUUGUUGCAAACGCAGAGCCGAUCACUCAAAGGUCUCCACCAAGCUUCAACCUUCACAACAGCAGCCUGUCUUUUGCGCCGGAGGCUACCAGUGAUUCCCCUCGACUCUCCAAGAAGAAGACAUUCUUGAAGCUUGAUCGCCGCCGAAGUGAGCCUUUGAUCUCAUUGACAGCAUCAGCGGAUAUUGGAACGUCAACUAUUUCUCUGCAAGAGCCAGUCGUCAGCGACGAUUCUCAAAUCCCUUGUAGAAAGUCCGAAAUCCACGACCAGGGCUUGCACAGAGAAUCAUCGCGAAAGCGUGUGAAGAAGUGGGCAACCUCUAUUCUUGGCCGCAAAGUCAAGGACUCAAAGAAGUUCAAGCAGACUUGUGAUGCUGCAGAGGGAAGCGAGAGUGGCGAGCAAACUCCUGAUCUAGGACCUCAACUCGCCGAACCAUUUGGAGAAGAACCCGAUCUUGAUGCAUUGUUCGGUCAGGAUCCAUUUACUGAUGCUGAUGAUAUCACCAGCCCUUCUAUACUCUCGCCACGAUCAGAGAUCUCGGACUCGUUCUUCCCCUUCUUCUCAUCUUCAUCAUCGGGCGGUGAAGACACGAGUCCUGUGAUUGAUUUGGAUGCCGCUCUUGGACCCUACGGUACACCCACUAUGAGCUGGGAACAAUCACGUCCCGCUCCAAAGAGAAGACAACUUCACAGCAGUCGCUUGGCCAGAGAUUUCGUUGGACCAGGCAUGCACUACCAUCGUAGAACGGAAAGUGCCCCUGCUCUGGUCCCCUUCGAGUUUGCUGGUAGAGCCAGCUCUCCAGCACAAUCACCGAUGGAUGACGUGUUCGAGGAAGAGGAAGAUGAGUCUGCUGUUGACGGCGUCAAGGAUCUCAGCAUCUGCGAGACUUCGAGCCAGGCGGAUGAGGAACUUGGCACCGGAAUCCAAGUAGUCGACGCUGCCAAUGAGCAACUUGAACACAAUUUCGAUUGGAGCUUCGACGACGGUCUGGGUAUUGAAUCUCAAGGCUCUUUGAGGGGUGCUCAGUCUCACGAUUACAUCCAACAUAUGCCUACUCCGCCCCGCACGUCGGUCGUUGAGGACACUAUCAUCGAGGAAGCCACGUCUGGAAUCGCGGCAGACUAUGAAGAGCCUCGUACCUCGUCUGUCACAAAGUCCAGCGAUUCUAGCGGAGCCCGCACCAUCUCGGCAGAGGUUACGGGUCUUGGUCUUCCUCAGUCACAAACCGUUCCCCUCACUCCUACAUCCAAUGUCGCAUCGACGUUCUCAUCUCCCGAUCUUGCACGCAAUCAAGGAUCAUUUGAUGCACUACGUCUUGGUACAUCGGCUUCUUCCAUUGGCGACGCCCGCACCAUGAGCUCCUUCACCACUGCAGAGCCAACACCCGAGCUGUAUAUGUCGACUGACGACGUUCCUUCAUUGACGAGCAGCCGUUCCACCAUGAUCAGCACCAUGUACCAGACCAGUCCCCGUCGCGAGACCAUGGAGCGACCUGUAUCGGUAGCAUGCGGCAAAGGUCAGGCAGAUGUACAGGCCUCUGAGCGCCGUCGCAAACGUUCAAGCAUUCAAAGCUUGAGCAUGCUUCUGGGCGGUUCCUUUGGCGAGAGCAGGCAUAGUUUGAGGACAGAACAACGUCCGCAGACAGCCAUUGCGCCUUCAGUACACGACGAGAGCAAGAGGAAGAAGGAGCAUCGCUUGAGUAAGCUAAUGUUCUGGAGAUCCAAAAGCGACUCUCGUAGUAACCCAUUCCAGUCAAAGUGA